AUGGGCAGGGACACAGUCCCCCGAAAUUGUAGGGCAUCCCCUCGUAGCAGAAAGCAAUUCCCAGAAAUGGGACAGUUAACUUCUGUUCACUCCGAGUGUGGAUUCCUGUUGCUGUCCUCUUGCACUGAAGACGAUGGCCAAAUUCAAGCCACGGUUUCUCAAGCGUUGAAGAGCUGCAGCAAGCCUUGGCUGCACGCCCUCGUCUCUCCCGUCCGCUCUUCUGGCGUGGCCACACAGAGAUCGGAAGCUUUUGCUUCUUUCGUUGUUUCUGAUCAGCCACAGUUUAGCGUGACAUCUGGACCCUAA